UAUAACCUAGAUUUCUUGCUAGCUAAUACAUCCUAGUCACCCCCCAAGGACGAAGAAGGUCUCCUUCGCGCCUAUGGAAGGCUGCCUCAAAGAGGAAGAUUAUUCGACCAGCAGGCUAAAAAAGUACGUCUGCUUUCAGUCGACAACUAUCGUAUCUUGACUGAUGAUGAAGGAACGAACAUAUUUCGACUCUGGAGAUUUCGCCCUUUCCACAGCCGACCGCGUAACUGAUAUCGGGGCAAUCCAUACUGGCCGCGCCCAUCCUCAGCGGGGCAGCGUCUCGCAUCCCUACGCCCCAGUUCCUAGCAGUAGUAAUGCCGAUGAAGAUGCUAACAAGGAUGUGCGUGACAAGACAUUUGCAGGUCUGAAAAUGACGGAGAGUCCGCUUCAUCAGCAGAGUGAUGUCGGUGAUAUGAAGGGACAGAAACUGGAGAAACCGAAAACUGAUUGAUCUUCACGCGUAUUGUGAUUUUGAAGGAAAUCUGUCCAGUACCCAGGAUGUUACUGGAUCCCGUUAACUAUAAGAUGCUUAACUGAACCGCAUGCGCUGCUAGUCACAUAAUCCAAGCCUACAGAGUAUAGCUCAGGAGCUGACUCUCAUACCAUUCGCAUUUGGG